UUUAAACCCACUAUGCUUUAUUCCUUUUUGUUGCAAAACUAUAUAAAGUAAAAUCAGAUUUAUGAUUUAACAAACACAUGACAGAGGUCAUAAAUCCUAAUACUAGUAUCCACAAACACCGUAUGGUCCGUAUCAUUAUUUCUUUCCUCGAAGACCGUAUCAUCUUUUUCACAUAAUCUUAAUUAUAAUAGGUCAAAAUAAAUAAAUAAAUGUCACAAUAAUUUAUAUUAACCACAGAUUCUUUAGUGAGAGCGUAGUAGUAGCUUACCACUCUUUAUUACUAUAAAACCAGUCUCACUAAACCAAAGCCAAUAUCCCAAGAAAUCGAAACACAAAGCAAUGGGCUCUUCUUCUCCAUUAACAAGGAGAAACAGAGCACCACCAUCCUCUGUUUCCUCUGUUUAUCUAAUCUUUCUCUGUUUCUUCCUCUACUUUUUAAAUUUCUCAAACGCUCAAUCAUCGCCGGUUUUCGCCUGCGACGUAGCUGCAAACCCUUCUCUCGCCGCCUAUGGUUUCUGCAACACCGUUUUGAAGAUCGAAUACCGAGUCGCUGAUCUGGUCGCGAGGCUCACGUUGCAAGAAAAGAUCGGGUUUUUAGUGAGUAAAGCUAACGGCGUGACUCGUCUUGGGAUUCCAACGUAUGAAUGGUGGUCUGAAGCACUUCACGGCGUUUCUUACAUCGGACCCGGCACGCAUUUUUCUAGCCAAGUUCCCGGAGCUACGAGUUUCCCGCAGGUUAUACUCACCGCCGCUUCUUUCAACGUAUCUCUGUUUCAAGCCAUUGGCAAGGUAAUUAAUUUUUUAUCCACUUUUGAUUUUUGUUUUCAAAAUUUUAUUUUCGUCCUUUGCUUUUAUUCUCUUUUUGGAUAAUGGGAAUAUCUUACUUAUUAUGAAACUGGGCCUCUCCUUUUUUUUUGAUCUUUCGUUUGGUACAAGUAAACACUUUACAACACGUUAUACUACGUCGUUUUCGUACCUGUAACCAAUAAUGAAUUUCUCCCCACACCUGUUUUCAGUGCCAUGAUUAAUAUGAUUAUGAUUCAUGGUUAAGUUUCAGCUCAUUUCUUCUAAGAAAUAUAAUAAACCGAAUAUGGUUUUGUCAAUACAAUUUCAAACCGGAUUGGAUACACAUGGCUUUUUUGAAUGACAUUGGUAUCACUUAUUUGUUAAGGUCGUCUCAACGGAAGCGAGGGCAAUGUACAACGUGGGAUUAGCCGGACUAACGUAUUGGUCACCGAACGUGAACAUAUUCCGAGAUCCAAGAUGGGGAAGAGGGCAAGAGACUCCAGGAGAAGAUCCAUUGCUCGCUAGUAAGUAUGCUUCAGGGUACGUUAAGGGUCUUCAAGAGACUGACGGUGGCGAUUCUAACCGUCUCAAAGUCGCCGCCUGCUGCAAACACUAUACCGCUUACGAUGUCGAUAAUUGGAAAGGCGUAGAACGUUACAGUUUCAACGCCGUGGUGACUCAACAAGAUAUGGAUGAUACGUAUCAACCACCGUUCAAGAGUUGUGUGGUUGAUGGGAAUGUGGCGAGUGUUAUGUGUUCUUACAAUCAAGUUAACGGCAAACCGACAUGCGCUGAUCCAGAUCUGCUCUCUGGUGUUAUCCGCGGUGAAUGGAAAUUAAAUGGGUACAUUGUUUCAGAUUGUGAUUCAGUAGAUGUCUUGUAUAAGAACCAACACUAUACAAAGACUCCAGCUGAAGCUGCAGCCAUAUCUAUAUUGGCAGGUUUGGAUUUAAACUGUGGUUCAUUCUUGGGUCAACAUACAGAGGAAGCAGUUAAGUCGGGUUUGGUAAACGAGGCAGCUAUCGAUAAAGCGAUUUCGAACAACUUUUUGACCCUUAUGCGUUUAGGAUUCUUUGAUGGAAACCCAAAGAACCAAAUCUAUGGCGGGUUAGGUCCUACCGACGUUUGCACGUCUGCGAAUCAAGAGCUAGCAGCAGAUGCAGCAAGACAAGGCAUUGUUCUACUCAAGAAUACUGGAUGCUUACCGCUUUCUCCUAAAUCGAUCAAAACACUAGCCGUGAUUGGACCAAACGCGAAUGUCACCAAAACAAUGAUUGGAAACUACGAAGGCACGCCGUGUAAAUACACAACACCACUACAAGGACUAGCCGGGACGGUAUCUACAACAUAUCUACCAGGCUGCUCCAAUGUAGCUUGUGCUGUAGCGGAUGUAGCCGGCGCCACGAAACUAGCAGCCACUGCAGAUGUGUCUGUGCUUGUGAUCGGUGCCGAUCAAUCAAUCGAGGCAGAGAGCCGAGACAGAGUCGACCUGCAUCUUCCUGGACAGCAACAAGAGCUGGUGAUCCAAGUGGCUAAAGCAGCAAAAGGACCGGUCUUGCUCGUCAUUAUGUCCGGUGGAGGUUUCGAUAUUACAUUCGCUAAGAAUGACCCAAAGAUCGCCGGAAUUUUGUGGGUUGGUUAUCCCGGAGAAGCCGGUGGUAUCGCCAUUGCUGAUAUCAUCUUUGGCCGUUAUAAUCCAAGUGGGAAAUUACCGAUGACGUGGUAUCCACAGUCGUAUGUAGAGAAAGUUCCGAUGACAAUAAUGAACAUGAGACCCGAUAAAGCAAGCGGGUAUCCGGGUCGGACUUACCGAUUCUACACCGGAGAAACAGUAUACGCAUUCGGAGAUGGACUCAGCUACACCAAAUUCAGUCACACUUUAGUCAAAGCUCCAAGUCUCGUUUCUCUCGGUCUCGAAGAGAAUCACGUUUGCCGAUCAUCGGAAUGUCAAUCGCUAGACGCGAUCGGACCGCACUGCGAAAACGCUGUCUCCGGCGGUGGAUCGGCGUUUGAAGUUCAUAUCAAGGUACGAAACGGAGGAGAUAGAGAAGGGAUUCACACGGUGUUUCUAUUCACGACGCCGCCGGCGAUUCACGGAUCGCCGAGGAAGCAUUUGGUAGGAUUCGAGAAGAUUCGAUUGGGGAAGAGGGAAGAAGCGGUGGUUAGGUUUAAGGUAGAGAUAUGUAAAGAUCUGAGUGUGGUUGAUGAGAUUGGGAAGAGGAAGAUUGGUUUGGGAAAGCAUCUUCUUCAUGUCGGAGAUUUAAAACAUUCCUUAAGCAUUAGAAUCUGAUUCUAUAUUUUUAUUUGAGGAAGAAAAAAAGAAUAUUAAUAUGCUUAAGCUUUUGCAAGUUGGAAAAGAAAAGUAAUAAAAAAAAGAAAUUGUGAAUCUCUUUAAAAUUAUAGCAUUAGUAGCCGAAAAUGUGGGGCAUAUAUAAACAUAAUUCGAAUAUCUAAAAUAUAUCAUGUGUAAUUCAUGUGUAACAUAAAUCUAGCUAAUAUCAGUUAGAGUUAGAUUUAUGUUUGGUAUUUCAAUUUAAGUAAA